UCUGUGUGUUGAAGUUGUUUCCUGUGUUGACAGUGUGAGGAAGUUUGUGAGAGGCGAGAGUAUGUCGUUUCCUGCAGUUAGACGCUGUGCCUGUGUUGUUCUCAUUAGUCUGCUCGCUUUAAAUGUGCUGUUUGGAGAAAAAGUCAAAUUGAAAGGUUCACCUCCGCAGACAGCUGUCCGCCUGUUUACCGACACUGAAUUGGCCAAAUACAAUGGAGAAGAGAAAGAUCAACCUAUCUACAUGGCAAUUAAGGGAGUCGUGUUUGAUGUGACUUCAGGGAAAGAAUUUUAUGGAAAAGGUGCCCCAUACAAUGUACUGGUGGGGAAAGACUCCACUCGAGCCGUGGCAAAAAUGUCCUUGGAACCUGGAGACCUGACACACGACACGACUGGACUCACUGAAGAGGAACUGAAUUCCCUUGAUGAUUUAUUCAAUGACUUAUACAAGGCCAAGUAUCCUAUUGUUGGCUAUACAGCGCGUCGAAUUCUUAAUGAAGAUGGCAGCCCCAACAAAGAUUUUAAACCUGAAGAUCAGCCCCACUUUAGCAUUAAAGAUGAAUUUUGAUCCCUGUUUAAUAUUAUAAUUUUUUUCAUGUUUUUUGUACUAAUUUAGUAUCUGUAGUCCAAACACUAUGUUGUAUAAAGUUUUUUUAUAUUAUAACAGAAGAAAAAAUGGUUCCCUGUGUACUUUUGUAUUGGGCAGUAACCCCUUUAAAAAUCAAGCACUGUAGUCUUGAACUGUGGUAUGAAAAUUGAUUUCCAUUUUAUAGGCAGUCCAUUAUUAGAGUUUGUAUAUCUUUUCAAAACUAGGAAGGGAAUUCCUAUCAAAUAAGACCAGUAUAUUUAAGUUCUAUGUUUUUCUUGUAUGAUGUUUAAUAAAUGGUGUGUUUUGAAAAAUUGAGACUUUUUUAACAAUACAAGCGUAGUGUAGAUCUUGCAGCUGCUCCUGAGAUAUCCGACUCACUUAAAUUUUUAUUAUAGCUUUAUGACCGUUCUUAGAUUUUAUACUGCAUUGAUAUUUUUCAUUUUCAUUAACAUUAAAAAAAACACAAACCGAACAAAAAAUUGUGGGUUUUUCCCAAAUGGACUUUUUUUAACAAGGUUUUGAAUGGCUGAAGUAUUUUCUUAUUCUAAAUUUAGAAGCUUAAUAAAACUAUGCAUUAAAGGA